AUGCUCGGACGGGACGCUCCCCUAGCCUCUACUUGGGCUGCUCUUCUCGCAGCCCUUCUCCUAAUCGUCACCAGCGAGAUCGCUGCUUCUCCUGUCACCUAUCCCUUCCUCGAGGUCCGCAACAAUGAUCAACAGCCAUCCUUCUACGGAGCUGCCUCCCAAGGCAACGCUCCUGCCUACCGCGUUACUGGCAAGAACGGUGCUGUCUCAUCCGAGGUUGACGUCUGUUCCAACAUCGGCGCUCAGCUCUUGCAGGACGGUGGCUCAGCCGUCGACUCAGUGAUUGGUACCGCACUGUGCGUCGGAUCCAUCGCCUCAUUCCAUUCUGGCUUUGGUGGAGGUGGCCACGCUCUCCUCAGGUCGCCUGUCUCUCAGGAUGCCAACACCAACCACAAGCGUAGCAACGACAACGACGCUCACAGCAAGAGUGCCAACUACAUCCACGUUGACUUCCGUGAGACAGCUCCGGCUGCUUCCACUGAGGACAUGUUCUCCGCCAACCCUGUCAAGGAUGCUUCUCUGCACGGUGGCCUUGCGGUCGGUGUUCCAGGAGAGCCCAAGGCUUGGUGGGACCUCCAUCAGAAAUAUGGCAAACUUCCAUGGUCUAAGUUGUUCGAGCCUGCCAUUACACUCAAUCGUCUGGGCUUCAAGGUCACCACGGAGUUGGCCAAGGCUCUCAACACUACUCAGUAUCCCUUCCUCUGCUCAGAGCCUCUCUGGAGCGAGGUAUACUGUCCCCAUGGCAAGCCAGCUGGGCUCGGACAAACCAUCAAGAAGGAGCGCUUCGCAAAGACCCUUGAGUUGCUCGCUCAGCAGGGUAUUGAUCCCUUCUACCACGGAGACGUUGCAGCAGACAUCGUUGACACUAUCCAUAACAACAAAGUGUACAAGGGCAUCAUGACUAGGGAAGACCUGGCCAACUACAAGGUCGAGUUCCGUACACCUCGCAACGUCACUCUUAGGGGAGGAGAGUACAAUAUCUAUGGUACUGUCGCUCCUUCCUCUGGAAGCGUCGUGCUUUCGACCUUGCAGACUGUUGACCAGUUUCGUGCUGAUGGACAGGAAAAUCUGAAGGAUAUCAACCUUUCCACCCAUCGUUUCAUCGAGGCGAACAAGUUCUCCUACGGAGAGAGAACCAAUUAUGGGGAUCCAGCUUUUGUUAAGGACGUCUCACGUCUCGAAGGAGAGUACCUCCAGCUAGGCUUUUCGAAGAAGAAGAAGGCCAAGAUCGACGACACUCGUACUUUCCCUACAGCUUAUUACAUCCCAGAGAACAAGAAAACGGAUGUGCUGACCGAUCACGGCACAUCGGCCAUCACGGUCGUCGAUUCCGACGGUAUGGCAAUUUCUUUAAUCACCACCGUCAACACUUUCUGGGGGAGCACUUUGAUGACCAAAUCAGGCUUCCCUCUUAACAACGAGAUGGAUGACUUUUCUUCGCCUGGAUCGUCGAACUUCUUCGGCUUUGCGCCCAGCGCAGCCAACUACAUUCGUCCUGGCAAGCGGCCUCUAUCUUCCAUCUCAGCCGUGAUCGCGGAAAAUGCGCACACAGGCGAGCUCAAACUCAGUCUCAGCUCUGCCGGCGGUUCCCGGAUCAUCACUGCCGUCACUCAGGUCGCCUACGACGUUUUGUUCAAGGGCGAGAAUGCUCAGAAGGCUCUUGCUGAGCCGAGAUGGCAUGAUCAGUUGAGCCCCGGCCAGACCACGGUUGAGAGCGCUGCGCCUCAGGUCCCUGGCUUUGUUGGGUUCAGCAAACAGACAGCAGCUUUUUUGGCUACCGUAGGACACAACAUCUCUUGGGUUCCCAUUGGAAGCUCGACCGCUCAGGCAGUCGAAAGGCUCCAAAAUGGAGAGUUGUUGGCUGCGACUGAGGUCAGGCAGCUCGCUGCUAAGGGUGCUGCCUUCUAA